AUGAUUUCGCAAGUAUAUUGGCAAUUUUGUAGUUGAGACCUACCAAAUUGGUGGCUAUUUUUGGAAUAUGCUUGAUUUUUACUAAAUUCGUGGAAAAUCUUUAUGGGAUGUUGUUUUUUAGUUUUUUUCUCAUUCAAAUAUCACUUGCAAGUUGCAACACAAAUUAGAAAAUAAUCCACAUACCAUAGUUAUGUCGUUAUGGCUAACUCAAGCUUUGAUUUAAAUAAAAUGUUUUCCUUUAACGAAAUCUAUCACACAUUACUCAAUAGUCAAUACUCAAUAUAUAGCAAUAGUUAUCAAGAUUCAAGGAUCAAGACUUGGAACACAAUCAAAUAUAAUGAGGGCAUUCCCCUCGACCGACAUUUCAGCAAAAGUCCAACAUAAUCCUGCUAAUGCCUUCUCGAUCAUCUAUAAGCACUUUCGAGAGCGAGCUUUUGCAAUUCUUCUGGAUUUACUGGCUGUAAAGAUCGGAUCCUUCUCUAGUAUUGUUUCUUGCCUUUGGAAUUUUUAGGAAUCCUAUGGAAUUAGGAGGAAUUGGAAUUCCAUCACUUUCUCAUGUUUGAUUCAACUUUUGAGAAUGAAUUGAAAUUCUUAAUGAGAUGAGCUUUCCAUCAUGAAGAGGAAGGAAUUAAAUUUCAACUCAUGAAGGAAAGUAUAAGAUUACCAUUUUCCUCCUUUUUAUUUUAAAACAACAUAUGAAAGCCCUAUUUCUAAUUGCUUGAUAAAUUUCGGUUUAUACAAACCAAACGUCACCUUGAUGGAAAAAUAUGUAAUCUAUGUCACUUUUGAUUUCAGUAUUUAACAAGGAGUAUUUUAAGGGGAAUCAGUGAACAAAGGUGGAAAUAGAGUAAUGUCUUCCCUGAUUCGUCCCACGCAUUUCCCUACGCGUCUUCUACAGGACGAUGUUAAGCUUCUAAACUACUGCGGGACUAAGAAACUUGAGAUGGGCAAAGUAAUCCACGCUCGUUCGAUUGUGUCUAAUGAUCAGUCCGGCACUAAUGGUGUGUUCUAUAUUUUGUCAAAAUUUAAAGCACUGAUGUCUGCACGCCGUGAUUUUGAUCAAAUGAAUAAACAAAACGUAGUUUCGUGGAGUGACGACCUAAUUUCGGAGAAGUUCCCAAAGGGGCUUGCUUUUCGUUUUCUUAGAACAUAUAUAUCAAAAUGGGUUUCAAAGCGUGAUCGGGAUUUCCGCCUUAACCACUAUAAAUCUGCACUCGUGCUUACGUUUUGUAUAAUAGUUGAGGACGUUUUUUUAGGCAGACAGUUGCAUGGGUAUUUAUUGAAAUCUGGAUUAGAGUGUCAUCCGUACGUGAAAACUCCACUUGUACACUUGUAUCGCAUGUUGUCGGAUGUGGUAGGGGCUGUGGAGGUUUUAGUUUCUAUCCCUCAAACGGAUACCUCCACAUAUAAUAUGUUCGUGGUUGAAAAAGGUUUCUUGGAUGAGGCAUUGAAUAUCAUAAGGAAAAUGAUGGCUGAUGAUAUGGUGUGGAACAAAACUACUUAUAUAGGUAUGUUUGGUCUUUGUGCUCGCCUUAAAUAUUCCGAAUUGGGGAAUCAAGUUCACAACAAGCUGCUAAAGAGUGAUGUCGAGCUUGAUGUGUCUGUAUGUAAUGCAAUGGUCAAGAUGUAUCGGAACUGUGGAAAUGUUGGAGAUGCUCUGAAUGUUUUACGUGCGUAUAAAGCUCGAGACGUGGUUUCAUGGACAACAAUGAUGCAUGGUUCAAUUCCUCGAUCAGAUUAUGAGGCUUCAAUAAAAUUAUUUUCGAAAAUGCAACAUGACAAUGUUGUUCCAGACGAAUCUACCUUUUGUGUAAUACUCGAUGCUAGUGCUCAGUUAUUCUCUAUGAGUUUGGGAAAUUUAUUCCAUUCAUUUGCAGAGAAGACUGGAUUCAAGGGUGAUAAGAAAGUCCAGGAUGCCUUGAUCAGCAUGUACCUAAGGACUGGCGACAUUAAAGCUGCGGAAAAAGUGUUUUUUAGUAUGACGACUGAUGAUAUCAGAACCUGGGAUAUGAUGAUAUGUGGAUACUGCCUUCAUGGUUUUGGAAACGAGUCGUUGGCUUUGUUUCAAGAAAUGUUGGAAUCAGGGGAGUUAGAUCCUACUUAUGCGACUUUUGUUGCUGUUCUCAGUGGCUGUGGACAGUUGGGGCUUGUGGAAGAAGGGUUCUACUAUUUUUAUGAGUUAAUGAAACAGAAGGGCAUCGAACCUGAUUCAGUGCACUAUACGUGUAUCAUGAAAAUUCUAAUCAAGGCUGGACAACCAGAUGAAGCUUUUAAUUUCAUGGCAUCGACACCAUUAAUCAAAUUCGAUUCCUAUGCUUGGAAGAUCAUGCUCAAUGCUCCUCAUGUUGAUAAAAACAAUAUGGUUACCCGACUUGCAGAUUUGGUCCCUGAUGAAUGGUUGGCUGAUGAGAAAGAAGCUUUACAAAGUUUUGGAGCUGCAAACCUCACUGAAUUGACGAAAAUAGUUAGGGAUAGAAAUAAAGAACCUGAGCUGAGCUGGGUUGAGGUUAAGAGGCAAACACAUAAGUUUGUUUCGGUUGUCAGUGGUGACCCAGAAUUUACUAAGCAUCAUAAAAUGAUGAAGUCUUUGUUUGCUAGUAUUAAAGCAGAUGCUGGUAAUGUACUGGAAGACUCAUGUGAAUGUGAUGGUUAUCACAGCGAGAAGCUUGCAGUAGGUUAUGCCCUAUUGAAUGCACAUGACAUGGCACCAAUCUUUAUCAUAAAGGCCUCCGGGAAGAUGUGUGAUGAUUGCCACUCUUUUAUGAAAUUAAUCUCAAAAGUCAGAAAAAGUUUGAUCACAGUGAGAGACGACGGGUAUUUCCAUCACUUCCAAGAUGGAAGUUGCUCCUGUGCAGAUUAUUUAGGUUGAUAUGAGGACCAACUUGCAUGCAUAUAUACAGCCAUUCUUCUUAUGAAUCUCACUUUUAUUCUUCUUAUGAAUCCUCACAAUAUCUUCUUAUGCAUAUAUAUACAAACCAUAGGUCGUGUAAUUUACUCUAUAGAUUAUCAUCAUGAGAAACAAAAUUUUAAA